GAUUGCUCUGUUGACUGCUCUGUCUGCUCUGUUAUGUUGUCGAGGAGCUUUCUGUUUUCCUGAACGGAAGUUAUGAUCCAAAGGACAAACGGAAGACUGCUGUCGAAAACGCAAUUAAGGAGCGAGAGAAAGGAGCUUCAAAGAGUUCGUUUUGUUAUGGUUUAAUACUAGUAACAAGAAGGAAGGUCAAAAUAACACAAGAAAGCCAACAAAGUGCUGCAGACAAAUGGUUUUCGAUUGGCGUACUGUUUUCGUCUUGGUUUCCAUUUAAUCGACUGGAUGACUUUUGAGGUUAUUGUUCUUCAUAAUUACUGACAGUGAUAUUAGCCCGCGGCGAUCAGUUGUUUUACUGUUACCUUGGUUCUAAACAUCUUAUUUUAAUUGUUGCUCUCAAAAAGCCCUUGAAGUAAAUAUUUCGAAUCGUGAUUCACUUAACUUAAAUUCGACCUUAAUCUUCCACAAAACAAGAGUUAAUUAUCGAGGAUGCGUAAUAUAAUUUGCAACGGAGUCAUGCGCAUGCCUUUUUAAAAACUUGGUUAGUCGUGAUUUUUUGGUUAAAAAAAACCCUCAAAGUAUGGCGAAGAGUAAAGAAGCAAUAGAUCUCAAAGGAAAACUAUCAAGAAAGAUUGCAGAAUUGACGAUGGUCGUUCACUUGCUGUUCACGAGAAACCAUGAACGAGAGGUCGAAAUAGAGGCCUUGAAGACUGUGUAUGGGCGUGAGAUCAAAAAGAUUGAAGAAGAAGUUAAGGGAAAAGUUUCAUGGCUGGAAGGCCAGUUAGAGGAUUUCGAGAAAGCAAGAGUGAUGCUAGACUUGAAGGACACAGAAAUAACGAAACAUAAACAACAAGCUCAGCUGCUACAAGAACGCGAAUUAGAACUGAAACGCAAUCUGGAUGACAAGAACCAUUUACUUGCAUUCGCGGAAAAAGAUAUUAUAAAAUUAAGAGAGCAGUUGUUUAGUAAAGCAAGUUUUAGUACUGAACAAUCAGAGGGGUUACAACAACUGAGAGAUGAAAUUGAACGUCUCAGAAAGACAAAUGAUGAACUUAGUGCCAAAUUGUCCUCAAAGACGCAAAAGCAGAAAAAUUACCAAAUGCAAAUAGAUGAACUUCAAACCAAAGUAAAAAGACUAGACAGGGAACUUCAGGAUGCAUUAUCAUUAAAAGAAAGACUUGAAAAACAACUGGAUGGCCGUCAGAAUGAUUGGCAGGGCGAGACUGACAGGUUACAGGCAAAGAUUGCCGAACUGUUAGAAUGUCAAAUAGAGGAUCAAGACAAAUAUUCAAAACUUGAAAAAAGGAGCAAACAGUUCCAACUGCUUAAUAAAGAACUAGAAGAAUCAAAUAGAAAACUAAAUAUUCAGAUUCAACAGUUAAUAAAUGAUAAAAACCGGAAAAAGGAACCUCGAAAGAGUAAGACGAAACAAGAGACUCCUGAGGUACCAAGAUGUACACCAGCUUAUGAGAGAGAUGAAGAACUAGAAAGGCUGCGAAAGGAAGUUCAACGAUAUCGAUUAGAAAUAAGCAACAGAGAAUCCAAUUUUAACAGAGUAUUUGCUGAACAGAAACCCAUCAUAACAGAUGGGAAAAGAAGAACUUCCAUGACUGGUUCUCCUGAUCAUGCAAUGUUUCCUAAUCUAACUGGUGCUCGUGGUCGUAUGUCAGCCAAUGGACAAGUCUCCCCAUCUCAUUUGCCAUCAUUAAAAUAGAUCAAAAAACACUUACUUCAUAGCCAGAAGAAGAGUAGAAAAGGAUAAACUAAGUUAUAUAGAAUUUUAGGCUUCUGUUAAAUCAGGCUUUUCAAGCUUUUCCCGUAAAAGCUAUGAAAAGAAAAAUUGAAUUAAUUUCAGACUUGACGUUUCCACAUGGAUUUUUAUUGCAUGGCACCAUGUCUAUUGUCAUGAGAAUAAAAGCAUUUGUUUACUGCCAUUUUCAUAAACAUGCGAACUCGGUAGGUGCGAGCUACACACUGAAAUUUAGUUUUUGGCUGCCGUCAAUCAAAUCUAAUCAGUUGGUACCUUUCAUAUGUUUGACUGGUGGCAACGAAAAAUGCACCUCGUAGCUACAGAGUUUGCAUGUUUAUAAAAAUGGUAGUUAACCAACAUAAAUUCAUUUGUUCAUGAGGUUACACAGGGAAAAAAAAUUGUUUCAGACAAAAGCACAGUCUCAUAAGAAAGCUAGGUUCUCCCUAUAUCAUAUUAAUAAAUGUAUGGAAAGGGUUGAGGAAAGGGUAAGGAAAGUCAUUAAAAAAGAAGUUACCCCUUCAUUAAAUCUGUUUGGUAGGUCAAUAAUCAAAAACAAACCAUUCAACUUUCUAAUGUUUCUCCUUCAGAAAAGUUGUGUGGUAAAUAGAGAAAUAGUUCUCAAAAGAAUAACUAGAUCCAAGAGUUAGUUUAUAUAUUCAUACCUGUAAUGUAUGUACAUUGAAGUCUUUAUUAUUUAAACCUUGAAAUAUGUCAAAAUCACUCAACUGCUUUUCGCAUCUGGGGAAAAUAAAAUGUUACGAAAUUAUCUAAAAAACUAAAAAAUAAUAAAAAAUCUCAACAGAAAUCCUAGGGAACAAAUCCUCUUAGGAAAUAUAUUUAUGACAAGUGAAAUGAAAGUCAUAACUUAGAGUGGAUUUCAUAUGAAUGCAGGGGCCGGCRUACCUAGAGGGAGGGUUAUAGGGUGCCCAUGUCCCUCAGUUUGUAAGCCAAWGGAGUGAUAAAAAAUAAAAGGAUGUUUAUUUUGGUUAAGCGUUUCUGAGGGGGAAAAAUAGGCAGCUGUUCAGAUUUGUGCCUCUCCCCCCCUGAAAAAUCCUGGCUACACUGUAUGCCCCUGGAAAGGUAAACAUAUGGUAUUGCUUUACAAGCAUGAUAAUUUACAAGCAAAUAGUUGAAAUAGGCACCAAUUGUCUUGCAGUAAAUUAACCAAUUACAAUGUGUGUAGCUAUGGUAAGAUAUGGUACAGCUACACUGCUAUGCAUAUUUGCCACAUCAUCUCCCACUUAAAUGCAAACCGUCCUAUCAUAAUCAAUAAAUAUUMUAUUAUUUUACCCUACCUCAUAAACUGGUUUUCUGCUGCCUUGCAAUCUUUCCUUACAGAAAGUAAUUUCUAAAUAAAAAUUUACUGAACCUGAA